UCUAUUCUCAUUAUUUUUUAUUAUUAAAAGGAUUAAAACGCAGACAAUCAUUGAAAAGGCAGAACACCUCACUACAGCGGUCGUAGAAAAUUCACUCCUCAAAGCAGCGGCGACCGGCGGAGGCGGUUAAUCGCCGGCCAGGAGAACAUGUCAGGUGCCACUCAAGACGAAGACAAGAAGCCUGGUGAUCAGUCGAUCCAUAUCAAUCUUAAAGUCAAAGGCCAGGAUGGAAGUGAAGUAGUUUUCAGAAUUAAGAGAAGCACACAGCUGAAAAAGCUCAUGAAUGCUUAUUGUGAUAGGCAAUCUGUGGAAUUUAACUCUAUUGCAUUCUUGUUUGAUGGACGUCGCCUCCGGGGGGAGCAGACUCCGGACGAGAUGCAUUUUUUGUUUGAUGGUAGUCCCUUCCAAGGUGAGCAGACUCCUGAUGAGGUCACUGUUCCUUUCUUGAGAUGGAGGAAGGUGACGAGAUAGAUGCCAUGCUGCACCAGACCGGAGGUUCAACUGCAUAGUAAGAGGACAAGUCCACAAGAGUACCGUUUGGAAAUGUAAUAUAGAUUAAGUGCCUUCAAACUUAUUUAACUGCAGCAGUUUAGAUAUUUCAAUUGCCAGUCUUUUGGUGUGUUUGAUCCUCUUCUGAACUCCACAUGAUUGCUGACUGUUGUUAAAUUUUGCUUUCAGUAUUGCAUAGUAUUCUACAAGACACCAACUACCCAUUCAGUUUCAAAUGCUUUGGUUUUCAAUUCCUAUA